CUUCCCAGAGUGCUGAAAUUACAGGUAUCUGACAGCGUGCCCACCUGGCUGUGAAUUAAUUAGUCUCAUCUGUAGGCUGGACAAUAUUUUAGAAAUCUGGGGCCCUGGUGUGAAAGAGAACUAGCUGGGGAAGCGCUGGGUGGUGGGAGAAAGUGUAGCGUUAACCAGAAACUGGGUAACUCCACCUGGAGUCUGGCAAAAUGUAACAGUGAUGGCUCGGGAUGAGCAAGGAGCGAUGGAGGUUGCAGUUGGGGAUAGCUUUGGAUGCCCUUCUGUGCUGUGCGUCUCUAAAAUCUAUGUGCCAGGGGUGUUGAUGGCUGAAAGCUGUUUCCCAUGGGUCGGGUUGCUGAGCAGCCAGGCGCGGGUAGGGAAAGUGGUCCUCAUGGAGGAUGUGAGUGAAGGUCAGGUCCAAAGAAGAGGAGCUCCCGGUCCCUGGGGCAACUGGGAGAAACUCACCUGCGGUACCCAACAGUGCAGUUGUAUGCUGUCACUUUUCAGAAAAAAUUAAUUGGUUUUAACCAAGCUGACUCUAAUAGGCAAUACUGGUAUUGUUGGAGAGCUUUUAAAUUGAACUCCUUAACAUCUUUGCACUCCUUAUUUAAGACAAAAAGCAAUUUAAAUACUGUUGGCUCAUUGAUUCUUUUCCCUUCACUUAUAACUGUGAAAUAUUUUUAAAAAGUGAAAACUGUGGUCAUUAAAUUUGUAGUCUUGGGCUUGUAUGUAUGGUAUGUAUACAACUGUGUGUAUUUUAUACAUAGCUUAUAAUUUGUGCCACUUACAUGUCACAUAUGGUCACAAAUUAUUUCGUCAAAAUAACCUACUAAUGCAACUGUUUUCCUUUCCAAGUCAAGUGAAUCUUCUGACUUAUUUAUUCCUGAAAGAAAAGGCAUUUGAAGCCUCUUGCCCCGCAGGGUGGGUGCCGCUUCCCCAGCAGCCGCUGCUGAAACGCGAGGCUCAGGAUGUCCGAGAUCCUUCGGGAGCUGGUCCGUGUCUCCGAGAACGCAGCCAACAUCGCCCGGGCGUGCCGGCAGGAGGAGGCCCUGUUCCAGCUGCUCAUCGAAGAGAAGAAAGAUGGAGAGAAGAACCAGAAGUUCGCGGUCGAUUUCAAGACGCUGGCGGAUGUACUGGUGCAGGAAGUUAUAAAACAGACUAUGGGGAACAAGUUUCCAGGCUUGGAAAAUAAAAUUUUCGGAGAAGAAUCCAAUGAGUUUACUAACAAUUUGGGGGAAAAGGUUACCAUAAAAGUGUGCGCAACAGAGGAGGAAACCGCAGAGCUUCUCAGCAAAGUCCUCAGUGGUAACAAGUCGGCAUCUGAAGCACUGGCCAAGGUUGUUCAUCAGGAUGCUGCCUUCAAGGACCCGGCUCUGGAUUCCGUAGACAUCAGCAUUUCACAGGAAGACCUGGGCAUUUGGGUGGAUCCCAUAGAUUCAACCUAUCAGUACAUCAGAGGUGCUACUGACGUUAAAGCCAAGGAAGGGAUUUUCCCCUGUGGCCUUCAGUGUGUCACCAUUUUAAUUGGCGUCUUUGACCUACAGUCGGGGUUGCCUGUGAUGGGAGUCAUCAACCAGCCUUUCGUGUCCCAAGACCAAAACACUCUCAGGUGGAAAGGAGAGUGCUACUGGGGCCUUUCUUACAUGGGGAUCAACAUCCAUUCCCUCCAGUUGGACAUCUCUGAAAGCAGCAGGAUUGAAAAAGACUCUGUGGCGGGAUGCCCCCACCCUGCCUCUGCCGUCAUCAGUACAAGCGAAAAGGAGACCGUCAAAGCCGCAUUGUCGCAGGUGUGUGGGGGCAAGGUCUUCUGGGCAGCUGGGGCUGGUUACAAGAGCCUCUGUGUUGUCCAAGGCCUCGUGGACAUUUACAUGUUUUCAGAAGACACCACCUUCAAGUGGGAUACCUGUGCUGCGCACGCCAUACUGAGGGCCAUGGGUGGGGGCAUCUUGGACAUGAAAGGAUGCUUAGAAGAUAGUGCAGGACAGUGGCGGAGUUUGCCAGACAUGCCAGAGCUGCUGUACAAUGUGGAAAACAAGGGAGCCACUGGGGUCGACUGCUGGGCCAACAAGGGGGGACUGAUCGCAUACAGGUCCUGUGAGCGGCUGGCGACCUUCCUGAAGCGCUUCGUCUAUUUUGCAUCGGUGGAGUCACACACGUAGAGGCGCUCUGACCUGGACAUACACGUAAACCGAACUGUCUCCCACUAUCUCUACCUUUUGAAAACAGUUUUGUCCUAUUGAUGGUUAACAUGCACCUUUCUCUUUUGAAGAGCAUUUUUCCAUGAUGUGUUCAUAAUGUCAGUUUCAGUGACUGAGUGACAUUCAUGCAAGAAUUAAGUUGGUACCUGAUAUAGUUACAGCAAAUAUUGUCCUGCUGUUAUUGCUUGAAGCACUUAAUAAAAUACUGAAGAGCAAAA